AUGAAGACUCCAGGGGCACACCAUGGGGCCCAGCACUGUGUGAAGCAGCUUCGAGCUGUCCUAGGACCAGACUCGUCCUGGGACCUGAGCCACGCCGAUCGGGAAUCAGUGGAGAAAAACCCUGAACUGCUAUCGGCCAUACGCUGGCAACUCGAGUUAGAGACUCAGUGCGGUGGCCGCCCUCAUGACCCAGCGUCGCGGGCAAUGCUGAAGGACCAGAGACGUCAAGUCCAAAAUUUGCGCCGCCGUCUGCAGGACAAACGGCGGAAGGAAAUACGCCGUGAUUUCAGUCGGCAACAGGCGGUGAUUGACAUUGAAAGACAGCUGACCGGCGGGGCUGUCAGCGAUGAGCCUGCGCGCGAGGUAUUACGGAAGGAGUUUGCAAUGCCAUCGGAGCAGAUCCUUCUCGUGGAGACAUUCUUUACUUGGCCCAGCACCGAUUCAUUAGAGGAUGAGUGGACGCGGCGCAACAAAGCUGUUGCUGCUGGAAUACAAUAUUGCGGCUUUCAGGAGGGUGGUCCUCUUCGAGGGCGACGGAAGCGCUCUGCGCCGUCCGACAGUGAGGACGUUAUUUCCCCUCCGCCAGCUCGAAAGAUGAAGGCUGGUACGCCGACGACUACAUCGGAGAGGAAUGGACUUACCUCUGACAGGAAGCUUAUCCCGAAUGCAGAGCAAACCUUCGCAUGCUUUCAAAGUCCCAAGGCAUAUGCAGACUAUAAUGGAGUGAGAAGGCAUUUUAGAGACUCACACUUGAUGGACCGAAGAUGCAAUUUUUGCGAUCUAUCCGUCCUACACGAGAUGCAUCUGCGGUGGCAAUGCUUCUGA